GCGCCUCUGUUCCGGCUCGCUCCUGAGAUGGGCUUUCGCUGGGCUUGGUUCCUGGCUGCCUGCCUUUGAGCAGGUGGGGGGGGCCGGCUUGUUGCUUUCCCUCUGCUGGGAGUGGGGGGGCCAGGGUCCUUCCCGAGUGUUCCUGCUCUCUCUCUCUACCCCCCACACCCCCCCUCCCCCGUUCCCGGCAUGGCUUCCCGGGUGGAUUACAUCGCUCCGUGGUGGACUUACUGGCUGCAUAACUUCCCGCAUGUGAACCUCCGCUUGCAGCCAGUGGACAACACGUUCAACCCGCAGGAUAGCAACUACCAGCAGGCACUGAUAUUUUUGGCUGCGAUUGCUGCCAUCGGCUUGGUCCUCAAUUUGAUUUUCAUUUCCAUUUACUUGUUAUGCCUCUGCUGCUGCAAGCGAACUGAUGAUGAGGAAAUCAAGAGGCCACAUUCAUGCUGUGUCAUGUGGACAGCUGUGACUGCUGGCCUUGUCUGCUGUGCUGCUGUUGGGGUUGGCUUCUAUGGAAACAGUGAAACAAAUGAUGGUGUCUACCAGCUUACCUACUCCAUCUACAAUGCUAAUCACACACUUGCUGGAGUUGAUAGUUUGGUUUCUAGGACUACAAGUCAUAUGGAAGUUGAUCUGAAGCAGCAUAUAGCAAGGCUCGAUGAGAUCUUUGCACGAAGAAUAGAGUUUAUUCAGACGCUGAAGUUCAUGCAACAGAUGGCAGAUGCAAUUGUUUCACAGCUCUCUGGCCUCCCAACAUGGCACAAUAUAAAUUUGAACAUGGCAGAUGUAGCUGAUAACAUCAGCUACUUUGAAUAUUACAGAUGGCUAUCGUAUCUUCUGCUCCUUGUUAUUGACUUGGUUAUUUGUCUGGUGGCAUUCCUAGGCCUGGCCAAACGAUCCAGGUGGCUUCUCAUGAUAAUGAUUGUCAGUGGGGUCCUGACUUUAAUCCUUAGCUGGGGGUCCCUGGGUCUGGAUACCUCUGCAGCUGUGGGGAUCAGUGAUUUCUGUGUGGCUCCAGACAAAUUCAUCAUGAACAUGACACACCAUAAAAUUAACUCAGAUGUGGUACAUUACUACCUGUAUUGCAGCCACAGCAUAAGCAACCCAUUUCAACAGAUUCUAUCAGUUUUCCAGCGAUCUCUGACUACCAUGGAACGACAGAUCCAAGGAAUGAUGCAUAUUGCAGUGCCAGUAUUCCCAAUGGCAAAGAAAGACCUUCUUGGGAUACAGCUGCUGCUAAAUAGAUCUGAAUCCAGUUUACAUCAGCUCACAGCAAUGCUUGACUGCCGAGGACUCCAUAAGGACUAUCUGGAUGCCCUGAUUGGUGUGUGUUACGAUGGGGUUGAGGGGUUACUGUACCUUUCACUGUUUUCUAUCCUGGCUGCAGCUGCAUUCUGUGCCCUGAUCUGUGCAAUAUCUCGUGCCUGUAAUCACUUGGCAAUCAGAGAUCGGGAUUAUGAUGAUAUGGAUGAGGCAGAUCCAUUUAAUCCUCAGGCUCGUCGCAUAGCAGCCCAUAACCCAACCCGAGGCCAGCUACGCAGUUUUUGUAGUUUCAACAGUAGUUUGGGCAGUCAGGCCAGCCUCCAGCCACCUGCAAAUACGACCACCACUCAAACAGCCACCGCAGCACCUGCACCUGAAUAUAUGAAUAACACUGUGCUUUUCGGUGGAAAUCCUCGCUACGAGAAUGUUCCGCUGAUUGGAAGAAAUUCACCUCCACCUUCGUACUCUCCGAGUAUGAGAGCCACCUACCUUGCAGUGAGUGAAGAACCUACCAGAAUUUAUGGAAAUAUAUUUCCUGUUUAACAGUUACACUGGCUUUCGUAACAGAGUUCAAAAUUCCUUAAUGCCAGCUAGAAAGAAGAAUUACUGUAACUAAAAAAAAAUUGUUCUGGCUAAAACUCUUUCCCAUUCUUUGAAGUUUGAAGUGAUAGUCACCACAUGGGAGCAACAGAGGAUUGUUGAAGAUUGAUGCUUCAAGCUAUCAAAUGGAUUUUCUGAGUCUUACUACUCAAAAUGACUGUUAAACUGAAUGCUUGAGGUUACAUCUGAAAAUAUUGCAUUGUUUUUAAGUAUCAUUCUUAUUGGAGGCUUGGUAUAUAAUUGGUAUGUGCUAAGGUAUUGAAUUUAAAUUGGAAUUGUAAUUAGAAUCUGAUAUAAGAAGUGCCUUGUAAAGUGGAUGGAUUUUUUAAAAAUGGUGUAAAUUUGAACUUAACAUCCAAGGUGCCUAACUGUCUGUUGGAUAGUGAAAUUAAUUCUAGGACUGUGAAUUGCCUGAAAGUUGCCUGCAUAUAACUGUUAGAAUGGCGCUUCAUUUAAUUCUUAACCAGAUAUAUUCAAACACUGCAUCUUCAAGAAAAGCAAAAAAGUAAUCUAACCUUGUGGCUUUGGUUUCUUUUGGCUAAUUGCAGAGUAGGGUUGACUGAUUCUGGACCAGUCAGGAUUGUCACAUCUUUCCAGGAGGACAAACUGGCUCUUGCAGAAAACUAUGUUGGAACAGGGUGGGCAGAAAAUCAGAACUAUAUAUUUUACCAAAAAAAAAUUCAAUCCUCAGCACAUGAUGGUUUCUUUCAGAAAUCGACUCUGCUCUGAAUGUUGUUUAGAGUAAUUUAAGUGCAUGAUCCCAUUUCAUAUUAGAUGGCUGCUACCAAUCUCCCACCAAGUCACUUGUGAUGGAUAUGACAGACACCGGCACUAUAUGUAAACUACAAUUUGUGAUUGGCAACAUAAUGAUAUUUCAAUUUGCUCACACAACACCAGAAUGGCUUUUUUCUAAUACAGCAACCAAAUCCAUUGUCGGACAUUUGUGAAGUUCCAGAUUUAACUCGUCAAGUUGUAAAAUGUUCAGUAAGUUACCCUUCUAUGAAAUAACUUGACAAUAUUUCACCAACUUGAAUUAUCUGAUACCUUUGUUAAGGUAUGAUAACCAUUUAUAGAUUCCUUCUUCCAGAUCUGAUUUCCCUUAUGGAAAUGCAGUAUAUGCUGCUUCCUGCAUAUUACACUUAGCCAAAAAAAAGGGCUCCUGAAUUGUACCAUAUGGAGCAAACAUAUGUUAAACUACAGUUUACAAUUAAAGGAGCAGCUGUGGUUUAAAAUGUUACAUGUAUGCCAGUGAAGUGGUUUUGGAUGUAAUUUGCUUCCCAUAAAUUAAGAAAUCUACCUUGUUUAUAGAAUCCUCAUCCACAUUCCUAAGACAGUGUCUUGUGAGCAGUUUUUCCUCACUAGUUGUGUGUCAGUAUUUCAGUGAAUUAUCUGUAAGUAGUGAUACUUUUUUGAGUGAAUGUUAUGUAAUCCGAUUGUAAUUCAGUCUAUUUUGGGUUGGGCCUACAAAAAGACUGUCUUUUAAUAUUCUGUCUGUGGAACAAAGUGGCUAUUUUUGAUCUACUUUGAGCAUGUUUGAUGUAUUAUAAAUUCAUUUGGUCCAUGAAGUAUGCAUUUCAUAGAACACAUUAACCAUGUUAUCUUACAUAGGAUUGUAUACAAAAGGCAAAUUAUUGGUGAAUUUAAGAUCGCCAAGAUGGAAUUGUGGAAAGUUUAGUGACAAUUUCAAGAGGACUUAUAAUACUUUCAGAUAGCUAAUACUUUCAAAUUGUAAAUUCCAAAUGAUUCUCUCAAAACAUAAGUUAUGUGCUACAAUUGGCUAUAUGUUGCAACUUAUAAUAAGGUGGAUUCUGAACCAAACCAAUAGAAAAGAUGAUGAAACUAAAAAAAUGUUAUGUUCCAAUUUCUAAUUAAAAUGAGACUGAUGCUG